AGGUCUUGACUUUCUGUUAAGUCUGGCUUCUAAUAUAUAUACCAGUUUCUUUCUGUUAAGUCUUAUCCACCAGCAAACAGUGUGCUGCUGCUCCUGCAUAACCAUUUUGAAAAUGGCAUUUUCCAUGGCAAAGAAACCUGUGAAAUACUCUGUGGUGGAUGCUUUCACUGACUCAGCUUUCAAGGGAAAUCCAGCAGCGGUUUGCUUUCUAGAGGAAGACAGGGAUGAUCUAUGGAUGCAAGCUCUGGCUACGGAGUUCAAUCUCUCCCAGACGUGUUACUUGACUCUCCUCACUGGCUCAGAUCACUUGCCUACUUUGACUUCCACACCAAGGUUCAAUCUCAGAUGGUUCACUCCUGUUGCUGAGGUUAAGCUUUGUGGUCAUGCAACAUUAGCAGCUGCUUAUACCCUCUUUAUGUCUGGUUUGAUUGAUUCCGACAUUAUUGAGUUCUCGACAAUGUCUGGAAUUUUAACAGCUAAGAAGGUUGCAGAUCAUGUUAAGGCUGCCAACGGUUCACAUAUUAAAAAUGGAGAAGCACAUGAUUCCUUUUUUAUUGAACUGAACUUUCCUGCUGACCCAUCUUCUGAAUUCAAUUCUGCUGAGGUUUUGUUUAUUUCCAACGCCUUGGGUGGUGCUCCUGUGGUUGAAAUUAUGAGGACAGUUGCAGAUAAUCUAAUUGUUGUGCUUCCAUCUGGAAAGAGUGUUGCAGAUUUGUUGCCGCAGAUUGAUGCAAUAGAAAAAUGCCCCGGUUUUGGAGUGAUUGUAACAGGAGUUGCUCCUCCAGAGUCUGGAUUUGAUUUUAUCAGCAGAUACUUCUGCCCGAAAUUCGGGAUCAAUGAGGAUCCUGUUUGUGGUAGUGCACAUUGUGGCUUAGCACCAUACUGGUGCAAAAAACUGGGGAAGUGUGAUGUUGUUGCAUAUCAGGCAUCCCCCAGAGGGGGAACACUAAACAUUCAUCUUGAUGAGAAAACUCAAAGGGUGCUACUCCGAGGGAAGGCGAUUACUGUGAUGGAAGGAACUGUUCUAGUUUGAUCUAGUGGUUGAUUUCCACUAUGCAAGUGAAAAACAUUUGAAAAGAAAUAAAUUUAAUAGGGUGAAGGAUCCCCUUACAUUGGAACUGUAAUUACAUGCACUUUGCAUCAUAUGUUCUCCAUCUUAUUGGCAUCUUGAAAGAUACUGGUGCUGUCC